GAACCCAUAGCCAGCCUUAGAAACAAAGAGAGCUCAGGGGUGCUAUCAGUCCAAUAAGUUAAGAAGAAGAAGAAGAAGAGUAGUUCAUGGACUCGCCGAUGCCGUGGCCAUCUGAGCUGGGAAUGGAGGACCCAAUAUUCACGGACCAUUUUGAUAUAAUGGAGUAUUUUGAUGAAGAGCUGGCAGCUGCACUCGGAGAUGACUUCCAAAACUCUCUCUCCUCAGAAAGCAACUCAUCUUCCUCUACCUUGUUGAACAAUAUUCCAAACAGCAGCUCCACCACCAACUCACUCUGUGCUUCAUCAACCCUAGAAGCCCUCGAAAGCCCCAACUCCAAACACCACAAGCCCAACACUUGGCCCACAAACAACAACAACAACAACAAUGACAGUACGGCCGCCGCUAGCCUCGAUCAGCAACCGUCUGUUUUUUCUUCUGGGUGCAUUCUCUCAUUCGGAAACUCGGGUUCGACAGAAAACCCGAAAAUAUCCCCGGGGGCAUUGAAUUCGGAGGAUGAGGAGGUGGUAGCAGCUGGCAUGCUGUUGUCGAACAAAAGUAGCCAAGGGGCAAAGAAGAGCGGCAGUAGCAAUCCUAGGCCAGCUUCACAGACUUAUGAUCACAUAAUAGCAGAGAGAAAGCGGAGGGAGCAGCUCAGCCAGCUGUUUGUCGCUCUUUCGGCCAUUGUUCCCGGCCUCAAGAAGAUGGAUAAAACCUCUGUUCUCGGAGAGGCGGUGAAGUACUUGAAACACCUCCAGGACCGGGUCAAGACGCUGGAAGAGCAAUCCACGAGGCAAACAAUCGAAUCGGUGGUGCUCGUGAAGAAAUCACAGCUCCUGGUCGAGGACGAGGCAGCCGUGGACGAGAAUUUUGUUUCCGGGUCGAGCGAGCCGCUGCCCCAGAUUGAAGCCAGAGUCUGCAACAGGAGCGUGUUGCUGAGAAUCCACUGUGAAAAACACAAGGGCGUUUUGGCGAAGAUAUUUGGGGAGAUGGAGAGGCUCAAUCUAGCUAUUGUCAACACGAGUGUUGCUCGGUUUGGAGGUUUGGCUCUUGACAUCACCAUUAUUGCUGAGAUGGAAGCAGAACUCUGCGUCACAGUGAAAGAUCUUGUGAGAACUCUUCGUCCGGCUCUCCAACCUUUCAUGUAAAAAUAGGAAGCUUUAAUAGUUGUGGAAUCACGUCAAGAAGACUAUUUGUGAGAAAGUACUUAUUUUUUUUGAAUUAAAUGUGAUGUAUUGUGAGAUAA